AUGGACGCGGCCGAGGUGAGGAGGAGCAGCGCGUCCUCCUCCCCGGAGUUCGAGUUCUGGCCGCUCCACCCCGACCCCGCCGCCUCCCCAUCCUGCGCCGACGAGCUCUUCUCCGGCGGCGUCCUCCUCCCGCUCCCCGUCCUGCCGCCGAAGCCGGCGUCGUCCCACGCGGGAAGGAGCAGCGGUACCAGCCAAAGCGUGCCGCCAGCUCCGGAGCCGGAGCCGGAGGCCGAGCCAGCGGAGGCGUCACUUCUUGCAACCGUCGCUCCGCCCACGGCCUCCAUUACUUCGCCGGCGCCGCCCGCCGCCGUCUCCACCGGAGGGUCCAAACGCUGGACGGAUAUCUUCUCCAAGAAACCCGCGGAGGAGAAGGACAAGGAGAAGGAGAGGGAGAAGCGCAAGGACGGCGCCAGCGGCCGGAAGCAGGCGGCGCACGCCGGCGGGGGCUCGGAGCUGAACAUCAACAUCUGGCCCUUCUCCCGGAGCCGCUCGGCCGGCGGCGGGUCCGGGACGUCGAAGCCGCGGCCGCCCGCGCGGAAGGUCAGCAGCGCGCCGUGCUCGCGCAGCAACUCCCGCGGCGAGGCCGGUCCACCCCGGCGGUGGGCGGCGAGCCCCGGCCGCGCCGGCGGCGGCGUGCCGGUGGGCCGGUCCAGCCCGGUCUGGCAGAUCCGGCGACCCGCGGCCAAGCCCGCCCCCGCGCCCUUGGCCUCGGAGCUGGCGUUCGCCGACAGGAGGGCGCCGCCACCGCAGACGCACAAGGACAGCAAGCCCGUGAGCUGCCGGCGAGCGGACGUCGGCGCCGCCCGCGGCCCCGGCGGCGGCGGGCUGUUCGGCAUCAAGGGGUUCUUCUCCAAGAAGGUGCAUUGA